AUGUUGGGAAGUAGUAACAGCGAUUACUCGAGCAGUGAGGUAGCACCCAAUGCGACAGCUAAGCUGCACGACAGUGAGAGCAGUAAUAGGGCUUCACGGAGUGAAGCUGUCUACCCUUAUCCCGAGUAUGCAAAUCUUAUGGGAUAUGAAACUGCUAGUGUCAAUCAGAAUCGACCCUUCCCUACCGACUCACACCCUGGCCCUCUUCAGACCCUUGUCAGUCAACUGGUGGCCAAGAGUGAACUAACUUCUAAUGAGGGGAACUAUGAUCAUCUUCUCUAUUCUGCCACCACAUCUUCCGCUGCACCCGGCUACCCCCCUUUCUAUGGAAAUCAACCUGCUGCAGGAGUCAUGCCACCAACAUUUGAAGGGUUCUAUCCUCAAAGCUAUACUGCUUACAUGUCAGACCACCUGAACAGUUCUACUGAUUUAAAUGGAUUCGCAUAUUCCGGUGGUUAUCCGACAAAUCGAGGAUAUGAAACGAGUGAUUAUGUGGGGCCUGAAUAUCCCAGCCAACAUCCAGCUACUUCGAGCGCGAAUAAGCCUGCAGCAGCAACUGCAAACGCUUUAGAUUCAUCAUCAACAUCUUCAGUGAAUUCAACUUGUUCAGCCAUGGAGCCAGGUUUCAGCAACAAUCCGGGUUUCUAUCUGAAACCCGAAGAAGGAGGAAAGCUCCCAGGUUUCUUUAAUGGACCAAAUUCUGGUGUUCAAUCUGCGCCGAAUACUGCUGGGACAACGCCUACUACUUGCAAUCUCAAUAGUAGCAUUGACAAAGACCAAGGAAAGAGGAUGGCAGAUACUAGACGAAAUGGUGGAGAUAUGAGGAAGAAGGUACGAAGUCUACAACAGACGCCGAAGAAGGCUGACAGUGUGACAGAGAAGACUGCAAAAUCGAGUCUCGGAAUGUCAGAGGAUCACAGUCCAAUUUCGAUGGGUGACUCUGGAGAUGACACAUGCUCUAGUGAUGACGAACAUGGACCCGGAAGCAAAGAAGAACAUGUAUUAGCUCCGGGAUCUCAUGGACAAUGUCUUCUUUGGGCUUGCAAAGCAUGCAAGAAGAAGACAAUGCAGGUCGAUCGAAGAAAGGCGGCAACAAUGCGAGAACGUCGGCGUCUUCGCAAAGUGAACGAAGCUUUUGAAACUCUGAAGCGUCGAACAUGUUCAAAUCCUAAUCAACGCAUGCCUAAGGUAGAGAUUCUUCGCACAGCCAUUGAUUACAUUGAAAAUCUGGAAGAAAUGCUCCACAGAAAUGGAGUACUUCUUGGAACAUCUCCUACUGGGACAUCACCCAGUGCUGGUAGUCUUCUUAGGUCAGCUGGUCGAUAUCCUUCUACUAAUCCCUCCACACCCAAUAAUAAAAUUAAUUCAGUUGAUGGGGCAAGAAUUCAACGAGUGGUUAGUGGUACUCGCGGUCGAAAAGCUUGUGGAAUUUCCAAGGGGGAUAAGGCAGGAGACCAGACUCGACCGGAAUAUUCAAAUAUAGUACCAACUCCGGGAACUCCGAACGGAACCCAAGCUCCAUUCAUGAAGAUGGAAACCGCACAAGCACCUAUGCAAGCGGAAGAACAGUCCUAUCGGGGAUAUGCUUCGAUUUUGGCCAAUAACGACUGGCCUCCCUCUAUUCAAGUUCACGAUCCCAACUCCGUCAGUGGUGUCACUGUCUCUCCACCACCUUGGCGGCAUAUGGCGCCCCCUCUGAAUUCGAAUACCUCCGAAAAGUCCGCCACUGCAGUACCAGAAAAAGCCCUUUGCUGA